AUGAGGUCCUGGAGCACGGUUCUGUUGGCUGUGCUGGCCACGUCAGCAACAGUAUUCGGACAUGAUGCGGAUCCGGAAAUGAAGAUGACUACGCCUCAAAUCAUCAUGCGAUGGGGAUACCCUGCCAUGAUCUACGACGUCACUACAGAAGAUGGAUACAUUUUGGAGCUGCACAGAAUUCCUUAUGGAAAGACUAAUGUGACCUGGCCAAACGGAAAGAAGCCAGUCAUCUUUAUGCAACACGGUUUGGAAUGUGCAUCUGACAACUGGGUAGUCAACCUUCCAAGUGAAUCCGCUGCGUUCCUUUUCGCUGACGCUGGAUAUGAUGUUUGGCUCGGGAACUUCCGUGGAAACACCUACGGAAUGAAACACAAGACAUUGAAACCAUCUCACUCUGCUUUCUGGGAUUGGUCAUGGGAUGAGAUGCAAGAAUACGACUUACCAGCUAUGAUUGAGAAGGCUCUUCAAGUUUCUGGACAGGAUAGUUUGUACUACAUGGGACACUCCCAAGGAACUCUCACCAUGUUCAGCAGGCUUUCUAAUGAUAAAGUUGGAUGGGGAAAUAAGAUCAAGAAAUUCUUCGCCCUUGCACCGGUCGGAUCCGUCAAGCAUAUCAAGGGAGCGCUGAAAUUCUUCGCUGACUACUUCUCCCUCGAAUUCGACGGAUGGUUCGAUGUAUUCGGAUCAGGAGAAUUCCUUCCAAACAACUGGAUUAUGAAGCUUGUUUCCGAAUCUGUGUGUGCUGGACUCCAAGUUGAAGCUGAUGUCUGUGAUGAUGUGAUGUUCUUGAUCGCUGGUCCAGAAUCCAAUCAAGUCAAUGCGACCCGAGUUCCAAUCUACGUUGCUCAUACCCCCGCAGGAACUUCCACCCAAAACAUCGUCCAUUGGAUCCAGAUGGUCCGCCACGGAGGCACUCCAUACUACGAUUACGGAGAGAAGGGAAACAAGAAGCACUAUGGACAAGGAAACGUUCCAUCAUACGAUUUCACCAAUGUCAACCGUCCAGUCUAUUUGUAUUGGGGAGAUUCCGACUGGCUUGCCGACCCGACUGACGUCACUGAUUUCCUGUUGACCCAUUUGAAUCCGGCCACUAUUGUGCAAAACAACAAGUUGAUCGACUAUAAUCAUCUUGACUUCAUUUGGGGACUUCGUGCUCCAAAGGACAUCUAUGAGCCAAUUAUUGAGAUUAUCAGAAAAGAUGUGCUCAAUAUAUCCUAA